UCAUAUGGGCAACCGUUGUAUCAUGUCAUAUGGGCAACGGUUGUAUCAUGUCAUAUGGGCAACCAUUGUAUCAUGUCACAUGGGGAACCAUUGUAUCAUGUCAUAUGGGCAACCAUUGUAUCAUAUCAUAUGGGCAACCAUUGUAUCAUGUCAUAUGGGAAACCAUUGUAUCCUGUCAUAGGGGCAACCAUUAUGUCACAUGGGCAACCAUUGCAUCAUGUCACAUGGGCAACCGUUGCAUCAUGUCAUUUGGGCAACCGUUGUAUCAUGUCAUUUGGGCAACCGUUGUAUCAUGUCAUAUGGGCAACUGUUGUAUCAUGUCAUAUGGGCAACCGUUGUAUCAUGUCAUAUGGGCAACGGUUGUAUCAUGUCAUAUGGGCAACCAUUGUAUCAUGUCACAUGGGGAACCAUUGUAUCAUGUCACAUGGGGAACCAUUGUAUCAUGUCAUAUGGACAACCAUUGUAUCAUGUCAUAUGGACAACCAUUGUAUCAUAUCAUAUGGACAACCAUUGUAUCAUGUCACAUGGGGAACCAUUGUAUCAUGUCAUAUGGGCAAUCAUUGUAUCAU